UCUCUUGUUCAUGUCCUGUUCCUGUUCGGCGCAUUCACAGCAUGGCGCGUUUGGAUUUUUGGUGUUUUUUCUGGCUCGUUUUGUGCGUGUCUGCUGUUCGAUUUGUGUCAGGGGACGUAUUUGUGACUAAGAAAUGUGAUAGUGUCACGACGAUGACGCUGUCGUUUGAGGGCUCUCCGACUGUUUUUCUUCAGAAGACGAGAGGCGGGCAGGUAAAGGUGACGAAAGAUCUCCCAGGAAUCGUCCUCCGUGUGAAGUCUGGCCGCACCACACUAACGGUGCCCUUGUCUUCGUCGUACGGUUACGUGUCUGUACAGGGCGCUCGGUAUGUCGCGAGGAUUGCCUUUGGAUUUCCCACUAAUUUGAAAACCUUCACAUGUCCUAAGCCAGGUCCCCGCAGUAUAACUGAUGAGAGAUGCACGGUUGCAGACCGUGAGAAGCUCCCUUGUGGAGGGUCUUCAUCCAUCACUCCAGCGGACUGUGAAGCCAGUAACUGUUGCUACGAUUCAAGCAGCAGCAGCACCAGUCCAUGCUACUAUGCCAAUGAUGUGACUGUGCAGUGCACCCUGGAUGGCCAGUUUGUGGUGGUGGUGUCUGAGAAUGUGACCCUUCCUCCCCUGGAUCUGGGGUCCAUCCAGUUGGUGGACAGCAGUUCCCCCAGCUGCAGCCCUGUGACCAGCCUGUCCAGCUUUGUCAUGUACCAGUUUCCAGUCAGUGCCUGUGGCAGCACAGUUCAGUUGCUGGCUGGUGGCAAUGUGACUUACCAGAACACCAUGUCUGCUGCCAUCACUGUGAGCAGUGGUCCAGAGGGCUCCAUCACCAGGGACAGUGUCUACAAGUUGUUCUUCCAGUGCACCUACUCGGGAAGCCAGGAUGUGCAAGUGGAGGCUGAGGUGUAUACUGUGGCACCACCUCUUCCAGUAGUAGAGCAAGGGCCAUUUGACCUGGAAUUGGUCAUUGCAACAGAUUCCUCCUAUGGCUCCUACUAUGUGGAUGCUGACUACCCAGUGACCAAAACUCUGAGGGAUCCUGUGGCUGUGGAAGUGCACAUCGUGAACAGGACUGACCCUAACCUUGUUCUGACUCUUGGGGACUGCUGGGUCACCCCAGGACCUUCUGCUUCUAGCCAGCCUCAGUGGAGCCUUCUGGUGAAUGGGUGCCCAUACACUGGGGACAACUAUUUGACCAGCUUGGUGACUGUGGACAGCACAUCUGGAGUGGCCUACCCAAGUCACUACAAGAGAUUUGUGUUUGAGAUGUUUGCUUUUGUGGACCCUGUAGCACAGCAAGCCUUGGCUGAGAAGAUCUUCAUCUACUGUGUUGCUGCUGCCUGCUAUCCCUCUGCAGCAGACCCCUGUACUCGGAGCUGCCCUGUAAGAAGAUCUGGCAGAGCUGCAGACAUGUUGGCACAAAUUGCUUCAUCCAGGAAGAAUGUGCUUCUUCACAGUGGUCCUGUUGUCAUUGAGGCUGACCAGGUGCAAACAUCCAGCCUGGAGCAGAAAGAGACGAGAGGUGGACUGGUAAAGGUGACCAAAGAUCUCCCAGGAGUUGUUCUCCGUGGACAGUCUGGCCGCACCACACUAACGGUCCCCUUUUCUUCAUCGUACGCUCACGUGUCUGAGCAGGGCUCCCAGUAUGUCAUGACUAUUGCUGUUGGAUCAAGAUCAAAUAUGAAAACCUUCACCUGUCCUAAGCCAGCUCGCCGAUCUGUGAGUGUUGCUGAGAGAUGUGCAGUUGCAGACAGUGAGAAGCUCCCUUGUGGAGGGUCUUCGUCCAUCAUGCAAGCUGACUGUGAAGCCAACAACUGUUGCUACGAUUCGAGCAGCAGCACCAGUCCAUGCUACUAUGCCAAUGAUGUGACUUUGCAGUGCACCCUGGAUGGGCAGUUUGUGGUGGUGGUGUCUGAGAAUGUGACCCUUCCUCCCCUGGAUCUUGGGUCCAUCCAGUUGGUGGACAGCAGUUCCCCCCGUUGCAGCCCUGUUAUCAGCCUGUCCAGCUUUGUCAUGUACCAGUUUCCAGUCAGUGCCUGUGGCACCACAGUUCAGGUGGCUGGUGGCAAUGUGACUUACCAGAACACCAUGUCUGCUGCCAUCACUGUGAGCAGUGGUCCAGAGGGCUCCAUCACCAGGGACAGUGUCUACAAGUUGUUCUUCCAGUGCACCUACUCAGGAAGUCAGGAUGUGCAAGUGGAGGCUGAGGUGUAUACUGUGGCGCCACCUCUUCCAGUAGUAGAGCAAGGGCCGUUUGACCUGGAACUGGUCAUUGCUACAGAUGUGUCCUAUGGCUCCUACUAUGUGGAUGCUGACUACCCAGUGACCAAAACUCUGAGGGAUCCUGUGGCUGUGGAAGUGCACAUCGUGAACAGGACUGACCCUAACCUUGUUCUGACUCUUGGGGAAUGCUGGGUCACCCCAGGACCUUCUGCUUCCAGCCAGCCCCAGUGGAGCCUUCUGGUGAAUGGAUGUCCAUACACGGGGGACAACUAUUUGACCAGCUUGGUGACUGUGGACGGCACAUCUGGAGUGGCCUAUCCAAGUCAUUACAGGAGAUUUGUGUUUGAGAUGUUUGCUUUUGUGGAUCCUGUAGCUCAGCAAGCCUUGGCUGAAAAGAUCUUCAUCUACUGUGUCGCUGCUGCCUGCUAUCCCUCUGCCACAGACCCCUGUACUCAGACCUGCCCUUCUAAAAGAUCUGGCAGAGCUUCAGGCAAGUUGGCACAAAUUGCUCCCUCCAGGAAGAAUGUUCUCCUUCACAGUGGUCCUGUUAUCAUGGAGGCUGAUCAGGGGCAGACCUCCAGGCUGGACCAGGACGCCUCUCUUCCCACUGGAUACCUGGUGCUGGGAGCUGCAGCUGCCAUGUUGAUGGUGGUCCUGAUUUUGGCUGUGCUUGCUGUGAGGAGGUUGAACUGGCAGAAAGUGAAUCUGAAAUUUUAAUAAAAACAUAAUGAAAAUUUGUGG